AUGGCGUUUCCUGACUGGUCGUUGCUUUUUGUUGGUGUGGCUUCAAUUUGUGGGGUUUUGUGCUGGUACCUUCGUUGUCGCGGGAUCAGAAAGAGCUUCUGGAAUAAGGGUUUAUUCAUUAAGGUUAUGGCACGAACAGAGAAACCACUUUUUCGUAUCGCGUACACACUGUACACACGGACUAAACUUGGUUAUAUGUUUUACAAGAGGCAAGUCAAAAAAGCUCGCCAGCGAUUCCCCACUGGUCAUUCAAGCGCGCAGCCCAUGGAGAUAAGUGGUAUUAAGAUAAUACCGAUUCCAGUACUGUCGGACAACUAUAGCUACCUCGUGAUUGAUACAGCAUCAAGCCAGGCAGUGGCUGUUGACCCUGCGGACCCGCAAAUGGUGGAGGCAUUCCUGAAGCAGGAAGGGGUGUCGUUGGAAGCAAUCCUCUGUACUCACAAACACUGGGACCACAGUGGGGGAAAUGAAGCUCUCCGCAGGCUCCAUGGUGCCUGUCUAGUAUAUGGAAGUGCCGUCGACAACAUUCCAGGCCUUACACACCCUCUCUCGGACAAAGACUGCGUAGAUGUGGGGCGGCUGCACUUCAAGGCAUUCUUCACCCCUGGACACACUGUGGGGCACAUGAUCUACCUGCUGGACAUGCGGGCCCUUGGGGGGCCCUGCAGCCUCUUUUCAGGGGACCUUGUGUUCUUGUCUGGAUGCGGAAGAAUGUUUGAAGGCAGCGCCUCGAUGAUGCUGUCAUCACUGGAUACGGUCGGCUGCCUGAGCGACGACACUCUCCUGUGGCCUGGUCACGAGUAUGCUGAAGAUAACCUGCUGUUUGCCGCUGAGGUAGAGCCAAUCAACACUGCGAGAGAGAACAAAUUUCAGUGGGUCCUGCAACAGAGAGCCCAGAGACUGUGCACAAGCCCCUCCACUAUUAAGGAAGAGAAGGAGUACAACCCGUUCCUGCGCAGUCACUCUCCUGAGCUGCAGCAGGCCCUGGGCCUCCAGCAGGAACCCAGCGAAGACUGGACACUCUUCCGGGCUCGGGUCCUGGGCGAGCUACGCCGACGGAAGGAUGUCUACAAGGGCAGAUAGUGAUCCAGUCACACCCAACACAGCCCAAUAUGGGAACAAAUGAUGACGACCACUACAAACUAGACACGAAGGAUGUUUCUGGCCUGCUGUACAGUAGAUAGCCAAACUAUUUCCAGGGCGUGGUUAUGCUGGGAUAACUUUGAAACAAGGUUACUCACUGAAUGUAAGGGGAGCUGUCCUCACUGAGAAGUGUCAGUUUGCACAAAUCCCUCUGGUACUUAUUGACUUUUGGGAAAAUCAAACGGGUACAAAUAAGCUCAUGUGAAUCAUGUGGCUUGUCAGAUAGCUGGAUUUCUGACUACAGAGUACUGAUCUACUGGCAGAAGGCAUUUGUGAGUGGAUUUUAGUGAUGUGAAUCUACUUUAAGUAAUUUAAGGUGGUAAAAGGUAAACACAGGGAGCUGUUCAAUAUCAGAUUAAUUGAUUAAAUUUUUUUCAAGGUUUAUAUUAUGCUUGAUGAACAAAAUUAUGGUUUAUAGAUAAAUUAUGAAUAGCUACUUAGAUUUUUCUGGAAUUUUUUAUACGAUUGAUCAUUGAGAACCUCAGUAACAUUAACUACUGGUGUGAAUCCUUUUAUAACUUACUGUAACCUAUAAUUACAUGUACACUGAUUACAAAGGCUAAUCAUAAGAGUUCAGAAGACUGGCUAAACGCACUACUAUGAAGUUUUAUUAAAAAUGUUUUAACACGUUUUACCAAAUAUGCUAUAUGUGUAUGUUGCUAACAAGAAAUGUUAUGUGCAUUCAGUUUAUUUGCCAUUAUAUUCUUAUUUAUAUAUCUUGUGAAGAACACUGUUGUGAUGGUACUGAAAUAAUUAGAUGGCAGUUUUGUUAAAAAUAUUAAAGUAUGAUUUAUAGUUGUU